UAUGUACCCUAACUCCAACAUACAUUACAUGCCCCUUUCGUCACCAUUCCCAUGACUCCAUUUUUGUCCUAAUUAAAUAACCUCUCAUCCAUUUCCCUAUAAAAAUUCAAACUUUUUUCUUCAUCAUCAUCUCAUCAUACUAUCCAAAACUGUACGUUUCCAUUCAAAGCUUCCAUGGAGCUUCUCGCUGCUAAGACCAACUCCGCCGCCAUUCUCCUCCUCCUCCUCCUUCUCGUCGCCGCCGCGCCGUGCCUCUCGGCGGCGACGGCGGCCGUGGAUUCCUUGGUCUACGACAUCGAUUACCGGGGCCCGGAAACCCACUCCAAUAACAUCCCGCCGCCGAAUAGAGGCGGCGGGAGGCACAACUUUCGCCGGCGGCGUCCGAUCGCGGCGGCGCGUCACAAAUCCAAGGGCGUGAGAGCCAGCAAGGGUGGACGUAAUGGGGAGAAGAAGUAAGAAGAAGACUAAUUAAUGAUGUUGAGCAGUGCAUCAAGAAGACAAUUAUAAUUAGAGAGCAAUGAUUAAGAUCUGAUGAUGGGGUUUAUUUGAUGUAUUGAAAUUGAUGAUGAUGAUGAUCAAGAACAGCUAAGUUGCUAUUUUGUGAUGUGCUAAGAAGAAUUGAUGUUUUCUAGAAACUAAGAAUCAAGAAUAUAUAUAUAACUAAAGAUCAUAGUAUCAUCAAAUGUGGUCAUGUUUCACUGUGUUUAUUUUUUACAGUGUGAAAGAUAAUCGUAGAACUUGUUUGGUACUUUGGUGUUAGGUUAUUGCGUAUUCAGAAAGUAAUGUGAAGAUAAAAGUAAUUUAUUAAUGAUGAGUAAUUUGAAUUUUUAUGA